CGAUGUCGCUUGAAAGGAAGAUUCGCAGCUUCUUGACGGGCCCCAGAAAGGGCGAGACGUUUGAAUUGAAGAGCGGUUUGGUUUCGCAGUACAAGCACGAAAGAAAGGAUGCGAUCCAGCGAGUGAUCCAGGCCAUGACUGUGGGUAAGGAUGUGUCUUCGCUCUUUCCCGAUGUCUUGAAGAACAUCGCCACCUAUGAUUUAGAACAGAAGAAGUUGGUCUAUUUAUACUUGAUGAACUACGCCAAAACACAUCCCGAGCUUUGUAUUUUGGCUGUCAACACUUUUGUGCAAGAUACUGAAGAUCCCAAUCCCUUGGUGAGAGCCCUAGCCAUCCGUACUAUGGGCUGUAUACGUGUCAACAAGAUGGUGGACUAUAUGGAGAUUCCAUUGCAGAGAACGCUUCAAGACGAGAAUCCCUAUGUGAGAAAGACCGCUGCUCUCUGUGUUGCCAAAUUGUUUGACUUGAAUCCCGAAAUGUGUGUAGAGUUUGGCUUCUUGGACCAGUUGAAGGGUCUCAUCAAGGACUCCAACCCUAUGGUGGUGGCCAAUUCGUUGAACGCUUUAUACGAAAUCAGAGACAUGAACUCCGAUGCCAACUUAGAGAUUUUCACGGCUGAUACCGAAACUGUCAAGAACUUACUUAUGUGCUUGAACGAAUGCACUGAAUGGGGAAGAAUCACCAUAUUGACCACUUUGAAUGAAUAUCAUACUGAUGAUGCUGAAGAAGCCAACCACAUAAUAGAGCGUGUGACUCCACAAUUGCAGCAUGUAAAUCCGUCUGUGGUGUUGAGUUCCAUCAGAGCCAUAAUCCACCAUAUAGAUGCUAUACCCGUCACAGCGCAGAGAGCUGCUAUCUUAAAGAAACUUUCUGCUCCAUUGGUUUCGUUGGUUAGUUCUUCGAUUCCUGAAGCUCAAUAUGUAGGCUUGAAGAAUAUCCGCAUCAUCUUGGAAAAGUAUCCUCAGAUCUUGUCCAAAGAGUUGAGAGUGUUUUUCAUCAAGUACUCCGAUCCCUUGUACUUAAAGUUGGAGAAGUUGGAAAUCAUGGUCCGUUUGGCUAACGAUUCUAACAGCGCCUUGUUGUUAGGUGAGUUAAAAGAGUAUGCCAUGGAAUUCGAGCCUUCGUUGGUGGCUAAGGCUAUCAAAUCCAUUGGCUCUGUUGCCAUCAAAUUGUCUGGCUCUACUGUCAAAGCAAUCAAUCUUUUGAAUAGCUUGAUAGACCAUAGAGGGGGUGAUUUAGUCAUCAACGAGUCCAUCGUCGUUUUGACAAAUAUAUUGAGACGUUACCCUGGUAAAAACGAUCUUAUCACUUUAAUUAUCCCAGUUAUAUCAAACCAUAUUUCCGAAUUGGAGAGACUGGAUGCCAUGUCCGGUUACAUCUGGCUCUUGGGAGAGUAUCCCAAGUAUUUCUCCAACUUGCAUGACAAAUUACAAGUCUUGAUCGACGAUUUCUUGUCGUUUGAGUCUGUAUUGCAGUUGAAUAUCUUGACUGCUAUUGUCAAGAUUAAUCUCUCUGCUUCAGGCUCUAAGUACUCCAGUUUGUUACAGAAGGUGUUGGAGUCGUCCACCAAAGAUUGUGAAAAUGCUGAUGUCAGGGACAAGGCAUAUAUCUACUGGCGUUUAUUGUCGUCUUCAUCUACCGAAUCACAGAAGGAAAUUAUCUUGACCAAGUUGCCUCCUAUCACCACAACCAUUGCUUCUUUCAACCCUGUAGUUUUGGAGUCGUUGGUGGAAGAGUUGUCGACAUUGUCGUCUGUCUACCAUAAGCCUGCAUUCACCUUCAUUGAUCCAAACGCUGCCCACAGUCAUGUAGCUCAAGGUAACAAGUCCAGAUCGUCUUCUAAGAAGGACAACAUUGAAGACUUGACCAACUUGGCCAAACAGGAAAUUAUCAAUAACGCUAAGAACGAAAACUUGCUUGACUUUGACGAUGACGAUGACGCACUUACAGGCGACAAUGGUGCCGCUGAAGGUUCUGGCAGUUUAUUGGAUGAAUUAAACGACUUGUUCAGUGCACCUGUUCCCGUAUCUCAGGGACAGCAGACGCAGCCUUCUUCUAAUAACGAUAUAUUGAGUUUGUUUGGUGCAAUCCCACAAAAUGCCCCAACUCCUGUGAGCAAUGUGACCCAGGGAUUAAAUAACUUCAACAUCGGAUCCAAUGCUGCUCCAAGCAAUACCAGCAAGUUGAAUAACGAUCUCUUGGAUCUUAUGUAACGUUUAUUUUGUAUAUGUUAUAGAUGUUAUACAAAAUACGGAAUGUAAUGUACUC